CCCCCUCGACCUUCCCAUAUUCAUGUCCUCUAACCCCUUAUUUUCCUCAUCGUUUACCUCCUUUGCGUUGCUCCCGACGUCCUCCUCUCCAUCUUGGGUCUGAGAAGGUUAGUUGGGGGAAGGAGAAAGGAGGCAUUCCUCCGGCCACUCGUUUUGUCUUGUGAGAUCUGAUCGUCACUUCCGAAAAAAAGGUACCCGUUCACUCCGGUACUCUUCCUCGUCCCCUCGUCGUCGCUCGACCCGUCGACAAGUCACGCCCCUCCCCCCCCCUGAUCACCGUUUGGGGUCGAUAACGCCUGGUUCCGGCUCUGCUGCUUGGGUCCCGUUGACUUGGCCACCGUGGGUCUUCGACGCGUGCCCCCAUCGCAGCCAUGAGCUUCAUUCAGCGCAUCACCAAACGGCUGCCCAGUGCGCCUAGCCUCCCCUUAGAAGAUGUCUCCCGCGAAAAGGGCCACGGCUCGCCGCGGUUCGCCUUCUUCCGUCGGCGCAUUCGGUUGAAGGGCAAUUCUUCCAUUUCUAUACCCCUGGGAUUUGUUUUACUAUUUCCAUGCCUUGUAAUUGUCUUCAUUCUACUUCUUUUCGUCCGACAUCCUUCGUCUCCCGGGGGCAUCCUAAUUCCAGCGGGCACUCCGCCCUCCAUUCGCAAAAUCAGCGAAAAGCAUGACAAAGUCUUUGCCACCGGCUGUAUGCCUAUCGAUCACGCAGAAAUCGCAAAGGCCCCUCGCGCCAACGCCGCUUUCGUCGUUCUCGCGAGAAACAAGGAGCUGGACGGUGUCAUUCAGUCCCUCAAGUCGAUCGAGCGACACUUCAACCGCUGGUAUCACUACCCCUACGUCUUCCUUAACGAUGGAGACUUCGACGAGGACUUCCGGGCCACCGUGAAGAACUACACCAGCGCUCCUGUGGAGUUCGGCAAGAUCGAUAACUCCAUGUGGGGUUUCCCCGACUGGGUUGACCACGAGGUUGCCAAGGAAGGUAUUCGGAAACAAGGUGAUGCUGCUAUCAUGUAUGGUGGUAUGGAGAGCUAUCACCACAUGUGCCGCUUUUACUCGGGACACUUCUACAAGCACCCUCUCCUGAUGAAAUAUGAAUGGUACUGGCGCCUGGAGCCCGAGAUCAAGUACUUCUGUGAUAUCACAUAUGAUCCCUUCAUCAAGAUGAUUGAGGCGAACAAGACAUACGGUUUCACCAUUGCUGUCAAGGAACUUCGCGAGACAGUUCCCAACAUUUUCCGCUAUGCCUCAGCCUAUAAGCGCAAGAACAACCUGCCUUCCAAGGGUCUGUGGGAGAUGUUCCUUGAGCGCCCAGAGGAGACCACCCCGCCAGAGGGAGAGAAGAAGCAGGAGAAACUCCCCGAGGAGAUUCUACAGUCUGAAAUUGGCGACAACGGUCUCGAUGAUAUUGACCCGGAAGCCAUGGAGGGCGAAAGUUACAACAUGUGUCACUUCUGGAGUAACUUCGAGAUUGCGCGCCUAGAUUGGUUCCGCAGUAAGGAGUACGAAGAUUUCUUCCAAAUGAUGGAUCGCAGUGGUGGGUUCUGGAAUGAACGUUGGGGUGACGCACCUAUUCAUUCCCUCGCGGCCGGUGCUCUUCUCGGUGUCAAGGACAUCCACUACUUCCGUGAUUUCGGUUACCGACACACCACGAUCCAACAUUGCCCAGCCAACGCUCCCGCACGGCAAUUACCGCGUGAGCCCUACCUUGAAAAGACCACCGACGACGAGAAGAAGCGGAUUGAAGAAGACGAGUAUUGGGCUACGUCGGACCCGGUCAAGGAGAACGGAGUUGGAUGCCGAUGCCGCUGUGACACCGACAUUGUCGAUGUCGAAGGCAAGCAGGGCAGCUGCUUGCCCGAAUGGGUUGAGGUCGCUGGUGGUUGGGCCUCGCCGUAAAGCCAUCAUAAACGCCUCGGCCAUUUCUAUGCAUCGUUUCAUUACCUGCUUCCACAUGCUUUCCAUUCGGCUUCGAGCAUCACCUGGGCUUGUCCCUUGGGAGUUUUCUGCUGAAGCCUGCGUGUUAUGUUGGCCGGGGUUUCUUUUUAGGCGGCGUUCAACGGAUCUGUCGGUUUUUCUACUUGGAAGAUGGCGUGACCAUGUCUAUCAUCCAUGUUGACAUAUUCAUCUAGCGUGUUGUCCACGUCACUGGGAUUGGCAGUGUACUGUUUUUGGUUGUUCGACGGAGGGAGGCCGUCGUCUGGUCCUUCGUGGCCGUCGAUACCACGCGAUCAUAACGCCCGUUCGCCAAUGGUUAUAUAUCCUGCCCUCUCGCGCUGGCAGCCCGUCCU